AUGUCUGGCAAGAUUGACGCCUACCUCGACUGCGUAUCGCCAUACUCGUACUAUGCGGCGCUUUACCUAAGGAAGAAUCGCAAAGCACUAGAGUCGCAUGACGUCGAGAUUGAAUUCCACCCGGUCUUCUUGGGCGGUAUCAAUGUGGCUUCAGGAAACAAGCCUCCUUGGACACUUCCCGCCAAAGCAGCGUAUGGCAAAUUCGACUCGGAGCGCGCAUGUAAGUACUUCGGAGUUCCACAGAUCACAACGCCAGAUUUCUUCCCGAUUCUGUCAAUCUUGCCUCAACGAUGCAUGAUCUACAUCAAAAGUACCUUCCCACGCGAGAAGUAUGAAACAACCUUCCUCUCGCUGUGGGAGUCCAUGUACUACAAGGGCAUCGACGUCAGCAAGCCUGAGAAACUAGCCGAGGUACUCCAGAGUAAUGGGUACACUGAUUCGGAAAUUAAGGAGGUCCUUGCCGCGGCGUCGAGCCCGGAAAUCAAGCAGGCUUUGACAGCAAACACGCAGAUCGCACUUGACAAAGGUGCCUAUGGGGCGCCUUGGUUCUGGGUGCGAAACGCCGAAGGCAAAGAAGAGCCAUUCUUUGGUAGUGAUCGGUUCGCGUACAUGUGGAUGUACCUCGGUUUGCCAUUCCAAGAUGUUGCUAUUAUUGAGAAGGAGAAGGCGAAACUUUAG